AUGUAUGACCAAGUCAUAGCACAUAUCAAGGAUCAUGUCGUUACCGGUGCCGACACGCAGCUGCUCUUGGCCGUGGAUCACGAUUUUGGCGGCCUGACGCUUUCCAGCAAGUGGAAUCAGCGUCCCAUCGCCGCCGCCAGUUGCACGAGCGAGCACCUCGUCAGCCUGCUGGGCCAGUGCAAGGGCGAUGGCCACAAAGGCUAUUUAGCGACGGAGCUGCUCCGCCAUUACGGGCUAUUCAACGCGACCGACGACUUGCUGGACACGUACAAGCGGAGCGGUAGCACCCCGCGUGUCGUGACCAUGGGUCAGGCGCUGGCGGCCAAGGCGGGCAUCCACUGGUCGACAACGAGCCACAUAAGCGACGACGUCGACCUGUACGGUACCGGCUGGCGGCAAUCGCUACAGCACGGAGCUGGCCGGGCAGGGGAUCGGGGUGCUGAGCGUGAGCAUGGCCAACAGGACGGCACAGCUGAGGUCCGGGGAAGGCGAGCAGCUGAAUGCGCGGGGGGUGCUGGAGGCGGUUAA